CUUGCCUAGUGACAUCAGCAGAAUACAGCAAGAGGACAAAUACUGCAAAACUUACUAUACAGCCUGAACAUCCAGAAAACCCUCGACUAGCCCAUCACACAGAAACAUUCUAGCAGCCAAUACCUCUAUGAGCCUCGAGCCAGCAUGGAGAAGUCCUUCAACGUCCACCCGAGACACCUGCCAAGGAAGGAGAGGGAGCAGGCAGCAGUGGUGACUCCCAGAAGCCACCGGCAAAAGGCAUCCAAAGCAAGCCGGCCCCACAACACCUCAGCGAGCAAGGAGAGCGCCCAGAAGGAGAAGCCAGAGACAGAUGAGAUGAUGUCAGACCAGCGGACAGAAGUGAGGCUCAAAUCCACCGUGGUGGACAUAGACAGUGUGAGAGAUGACAAAGUCAAGGAGGAGAACCUGGGACUCUUGGAAGCAGCCGAACAGGAAGACGGUGAGUCAAAGCCUGAAGAAAAGCCUGGUUUGAAGCACAAGAACCUAGGAGUGUUUGAGUGGCUGCUGAUGGUCUUCGUCUUGGCUCUAGUUCUUCUCUUCCUCCCUUUCUCUAUCUGGUUCUGUGUUAAAGUAGUGAGGGAGCAUGAGAGAGCUGUGGUCUUCAGACUGGGUCACCUUCUGCGUGGAAGACCCAGAGGACCAGGUCUCAUUUUCUUCCUCCCGCUCCUUGAUGUGUGCCACAAAGUCGACAUCCGACUACAAAUGCUGAAGGUUCCUACUCACACGGUGGUGACAAAGGAUUUGGUGAGACCAGAGCUAAGUGUGGUGUGUUAUUACCAGAUAGAGAACGUGACUUUGUGCAGUGCAGCUCUAUCCAGUCUAACCACAGUGCUGCAGACUCUGGUUCAGUCAGCGGUCAGAGACGUUCUUGCUCUACACACAUUCGGCCACAUCCUGCUGCACAGAAGGAGGAUUGGUCAGCAGAUACAAGCCGCUGUCGACUCAGUUGCUUGCCGCUGGGGCAUCAGGGUGGAAAGAGCAGACAUAGACGAGCUCAGUUUUCCUGUGGAGUUACAGCAGAGUCUGGCUGCUGAGGCUGAGGUCAAAAGACAACAGCAGGCCAGAGUAAAAGCAACAGAAGGGGAGAGAGCUGUCUGGGAGGAGUUCAGGGCCUCCUUCCGUCACCUCCAUCCUGCUCUGGUCCUGCCAUUCCCCCCAGAUCUCCUCAGCCUGACCCCUGACCAUUCAUCUCUGCCACCCCCUCCUCCACCUGCUGUGGAUGGAGAUGAGGGGCUGACAGAGGAGGAGCCAGAGACAGAUUCGCCAAUGAUGUGACAGACUGACAG